AUGUCCAAGAACAUCAUUGUUAUCACCGGCGCCACAGGGACCCAAGGUGCUUCUGUAGCUCACACGUUCCUUGCUAUUCCAACGUGGCACGUUCGCUGUCUGACCAGAAACCCUUCAUCACCCGCCGCUCAGGCCCUCGCCGCGUCCGGCGCAGAAGUUAUGCGCGCCGACCUUUCGGACCUGCCAUCACUGCGCGAGGGCUUUAAAGACGCAACGGCCAUCUUUCUCAACACCGACUUCUGGGGCCCCUACCUCUCUUCUCGCGAUAGUACGCUCGCAUACGCAACGGAGGUUCUCCAUGGGCGCAACGUAGCCAUUGCAGCGGCACAGGUGCCCACACUCAAGCGCCUCGUGUACUCCACCCUCCCCGGAAUGAAGACCUUGUCUAGUGGCAAGUACGUACAUUCGUACCACUGGGAUGCGAAAGCAGAGGUUACAGAGAUCUUGAAUGCAGAGCCUGGGUUGAGUGGAAAGGUAUCCUUCUUGGUGAUGGGCGUCUAUUCAAACAACCCUUUGUUCCUCCCUCGGCUGAUGAGCGAAGGCAAGAGCAAGAAGACCUUGAAAUUCACUAUACCUGGGAAAAGAUCGCUCCUGAUGCCGAUCAUUGCUGCCGGGGAGUCGACAGGGACGUUCGUCAAGGCCCUUAUUGACAACCCGGCUGGACAGUGGGUGUUGGGCUCUGAUAGUCAACUUACAAUGGGGGAGGUAGUGGAUGUCUGGAGGAAGGUUACCGGAUAUGAGGUGGUGACGGAAGAGGUCGAUGUGCAGGUGAUGCAUGAGCGCCACAACAUUCCGUGGGAGGUUUUGGAUGCGCCGCAAUUCAUUGCUGAGUUUGGGUACACCGGCUCCCUCAAGGUUGUGAGUCCUGAGCAUCUAGGUGUAGAGACAAAGUCUUUUGAAAGAUGGUUGGCGGACAGAAACUGGGAGCAGAUGAUAAAAAAAGGGGAGGAAGAGCUUAAUGACGUCUCGGAGCAAUCAUAG